UCCCUCUUCUUCUUCUUCCUCGUCCUGCGACCACGACCGAGCUCGCGUGUCCAGCCUCCCUCCGUUGAGCGAUCAUGGGGAAGUUGUGCUGCAGCCACGAGGAGGACGAGUCGGAGUUCAACCUGAUGCCGCUGCUGAUGGCCGCCGUCGUCAUCAUGCUGCUCUUCGUCGUCUGCUCGCCGCAGCCCCGCCGCAGGCGCUGCGUCGUCGUCCCUUGCUACUGACCUACCGGCGGUUGAAGAGAAGGACUCUCGAUCGGCGCUGGGAGUCGGCCGGGAGCUUCUACCAGAUUGGUAUGCAGGCGGGUGGUAGGCGUACUUUUGUUUCUCAAUCUUCUGACUGAUGCAUGUCUCGGUUUCGCGGAAUAAUUUAUCAAUAUCUGCUGCCUGAAUUUGAACUGUAAAGUUAAGUUGUUCUUACUCUGGAAAACAAGGUUGAUCUGUGGCAA